GGAAUAACUCUUGCCAAGUGUUCGAUCACCAAUUUCGUGUUACAGCACAAUCGCUUUCAACGUUUUGUUUGACACAAUUUCUUUGACGUUCUAAGGCCUUUGUUAACUGACGUUAUUUUAAAAGACAUUUUCAAAAACGAAUGUGUGUCACAUUUUCCAGGCGAUUUGACUUUUUCGCACGUUACUUUAUUACAUAUAUUUGUCAUGAGAGAAAAAAAAGACAUCGUUAAAAUAGGACUCGUUUUCAGAGUAGACUGUUUCUUUUCUUUUGAUACGGCUUGUUAGAUAUGAUCUGAAAACAGCGAAUUGAAGAUGAUUGACUCUCUCUUUGUAGGGAUUAAUGGAGCUAGGGAUAGAUGUGGUAACAUUUGUAAGGAAUAAUAUAGUAAGCGAACUUUAAGAGUGCGGUAGAGAAGACAUUCAUGGACUUGAUUCCUUACGGCACUGGGCAACUGGUUCGUAACGGUUCCAAUCAACGAGGCACGCGCUAGAAUUGGAUAACCCAUUUGCUGCAUCUACAAUGGCACGAUACAUGGCCCUUGGGAUCUGGACGUUUAUUGGCACGGCAAUUUUAUUUUUUAUUGUCUCUACCGCCCAUGGGUUUGACUCCAAUGCACAGAGUCAAUUCAACAGUGAAGAGGAGGUGGCUAAUCGGCAUUCUGCGCUUGGCGUUCGAAGCAGUCGGCGUCGAGCUGGUGGAACCAUUAAAUAUAAAAAAGUUAGCGUCAUGCAAAGUGGAAUGGAGAAACCCGACCUGUUUGUAGUGGCAGACAUGGGACAAAACAAAACGCGACGAUUAAAAACCAAGACAUCACAUCGCCACACAAUGAUUUACAAACCAGCAAAGAAAAGAACAUCUCCAUCGAAAAAGAACAGUUUUGCGUCAUCGGCGACCACGACUCAAUCACCGGAAGUGAAAGUAGAAGAACUGGCCGACAGUUCUCGAAGAACGAAAACGUGGCACCAGGUGCAACCCGUAACUGAAGUUAUUGACAGCUUCAUUCGUCCUACCAAGCGCAAUCGAUUGCGCGUCAACAACCGUCAACAAACGUCCACGCACGAACCAACGACGACAACUCUAACUCCUAAAAUGACAAAAGAUCCGCUUCGACCCAUUUCUCGCGUCCGUAGCGGCGCCAUUACGACGACCACAUCGAAAUCCACGACGACGAAAGUCCUUCGUUUGGAUCGUAAACCCACUCGAUGGCAGAGCAACGCAUCAAACGAAAACAACCGUCAACAGCCAACCAAAGAGGGAAACAGUCAACUGUCAGUGACAUCUACAACUGAAUCGACCACCACCAUCCCUGAAAUUCCAUCAAAGGAAGUGAUCCAGGCAACUCCGGAGUCCGUUCCCGACCCACACGAUUCGUCAGAACGGCCCGAAAUCGAACAUUUAAAGGAAGAAUCUUCCAUUCGGAAGGUUGCCGCUAAACCGGAUAAAAUCGCGUAUUUUGACAUGAACGAUCCGGCCGCAAGUGUCAACAGCGGGACUCGCAAUUCGCAAGAGAGGCACGUUCGACCGAGGAUACACGUGCCGAAAAAGGGAAGCCAUCAUGAAAUGCAACGUGCGUCGCCAGAGCCGAUUUUGUUGCAAACAAAAGAACAACGAGAACAGCAACAGUUAGAGGCGAGUGAUCAGCGCAAAGCGGAAGAAUCAGCCCAGCUAGCGAAAACACGGCAGAGAAUGCCGCAAAGCGAGUCAAAUGCUCAACCGCAAUCUGAAACGGACGAAGAGACGGAAAGGCGGCACGAAAAGUACGAAGCGGAAAAAAGCAAACAGCUGGAACGCUUGAGACAGACCAAAAUUCCAGGUGCCACACGCUUUGAGGAGGUCUUGCCUAAAGCGCGCAGAAUCCCCUCCAGAAGUGAUUAUUCAAAUUCGGCCGUCCAACAUUCGGCGCCCGUCAAAUUGAACGAAGAAUCAACGGAUUCGGUCCGGCUGCCUCCGUCAGCGUACGGCCAGCGACUUCCAUCAUCAUCGGCACACAGCCCUUUGCCACCGGCUGAUUCUCGGCCAUCGUAUUUGGAGUUUGAAGCCUCUUAUCCUUCACCUGGCCAUAAGCCAGAGCAACAGAGAUACACUGACAGCAGCCCAUCCGGCCAUUCCGAAACUCGGCCGGAUCGGGUGCGUCAUCGGCAUCCCGACGUUGCAACUCCCCGACCCGAUUCGGAUGAAGACAGGAGAUCCGUUUAUAAGACCACACCCCCGCCGAUUUACGGCGAAGAGAAAUACAAGAGGCCCGAACUAAUUUACACGCCACCGGAGAAAGAAUAUCAGCCGCCAUCUGCUUAUUUGACCGGUCGUGGAACUUACCCGCGUUUGAGAAUCGCAUACCAACCGACCUCGUCUUCCAUUCCAUCUCCUCCAGUUACGUACGAGCCUCCGCAUUUAGAAUACAUGCCGCCGGCGGCGUCGCCUCCGCCCAGAAUUUAUGUGCCUCCCGUGGAAGAUUAUAAACCUCCUUCAACUACAGCUGUUCUUCUUCACGGCCGUCGGCAAGAAGAAGAAACGCCACCUGCCAGGCAUCCGCCACGGCUAGAGGCAAGCCGAAUGACUGAAGAUAUGCGCAAGUUGGAAGAAAUCAACACGUACACACGACUCGUUUCGGUUGGCCACCCGUCCGUCAAAGAACUACCGUAUCCACCUGAACGGAAUGCGCAGCAAACUGUGUCCAGCCGGCCAGUCCAGUCGGUUGAACCGGCCGUUACGGAGAAUCCUUACAUCAGAACUUACGAACGGCUGCAAGGCGUCAGGGAUAAAGGGGAAACGUUUCAAGGAGAUCCUCCGCGCGGAUACCUUCAACCGACUACUCAGAAAUCGCAUGUAGUUGAAGGGACUUUUAUCGUCGAUAACACCGGAACGCAAAUCAAUGACAGAGCACGUCCGAGCUACGCUGGAUCGAGUUUGAUCGUUGGCAAACCUUAUUAUCAAAAAGAAGAAGUGCCGCUUAAAGUCAAUCCUUAUCUGACUUAUCGUCCUUCUUAUGAUACUGAAGUGACACAAAAACCUUAUUCACCUCAUUUAGCUGAAGUAAAUACGGGACGACGUUAUCCCGAUGCAGCUCCUCCAUCGAAUUCCGGCCAGCAAAUUCAGCAAUCUAUUCCACUUUACAAGUCCUACCAAGCUAAUCAACCUAAACACGCAUAUCAGCAACAAACAAACGAACCUUUUCAACCUAAAGAACCACGUCAACUUCAACAAACGGUGUCGGAGAAACCCUACAUCAUCAGCUGGCCAGUGAGGGACGACUUGGAAAUGGCCGACUAUCGACAUGAAAACGUCAUUCCAGUCAGUGAACAGCCACCGUACAAACCGUGUGAUCGACCAGAAGUGGCCGCCCUGCGAAUGGAGAAACCUGUCAAAGAAACAGCGUACGUGGUGUCGGAAAAGCCGAUCACAGUUACCGUCCGGCCUUACGGCUUAGCUACGGCGGAAUCUGAGCGGAACGAAAACCUUUACCGGCCUCCAGGACGCAACAGUCAACCUAGAUCGCUCUCGUCCGAGCCGAAAACAAACGUGGGAAACUAUGAAAACCAAGCGAUAGAUAAAGAUGAACAAGAGGCUGAACGGGACGUGCCGGAACAACGGCCGCAACAUCAGUCAGAACAACAAUCGAAUAUUCCGGCUUCGUUCUUACCUGUCGGUCCGGUGAGAGCGUACCAAGUGACUCAGGCCAUUUAUCCAUCGCCUCCGCCUCGAUUUUUACAGUUUCCCGCACCGCUACCGAAUCCAUUUGGAAAUCAAUUUGCUUCUCCAGCUGCUCCUCCACCUACUCCGCCUCCACCGCCGCCUCCUCAAUCGCAAUCUUCUUCGACUACCUCGGAUUCGUUUGGAAGCCAUCAUUUGCCUUCGGGUGACACUUGGUCCGUCAAUCCUCUGUUCCCCAAUCAACAGCAGUUUCCAAGCAGUCGUCCCUUUACCAGCAACAUUCAACCUCAACAACCGGAGGAACCUGUUUCUUCUGAAAGGAUCGUACGCUACCGGCCGACAUCAGACGGACGCUACCGCGAGAAUCAGAGACUCAAUCGAAGUCUGACACAUUAUUCGAUUCCAUCGUACGAGCAGCAACACGAGCCAGUUGAUGAAAGAUUCAGAGAAACUGUUAGGCAAAAGGAUGUAGAAGAUGAAACGUACCAUCGAACGCGUCACGAUUACAACGAUCACGUGUUAAGAGAAACGUUUCAUCAACAACAAAAUGAAUCGCUGUACAAUGAUCGAGAAAAGCCUUCGUAUCUUCAAGCACCUCCUGGUUACGAAGAGCCGUUGAUACAAAACGGACGGAUCCAUCAAUUUCAAGAAGAUCCAACAGAUCAUGAUCAUUCGUCAGAAGGGGAUUUUGCGGGAGUCAAGGGCAUCCCGGGUGUUGAUUAUCCCAUACUACACGCGAUUCCCAAUGAUUUGAAAUUCAAAUGCGAACUGGUGGACUCGAUAGACACCCAUCAUCCGGCCUAUUAUGCCGAUCCGUAUACCCGAUGCCAGGUAUUUCACGUCUGCCAAGCGAGUCGCGCCAAAAAUUCAUUCCUCUGUCCGAACGGCACCAUCUUUAAUCAGAAGGUUCGCGUGUGUGAUUGGUGGCACAACGUUCAAUGCGACGAGUCUUCGGCGUAUUACAACGUCAACGACAAUAACGAUAACUACCAGUUCAAACAUUAAACUUUCAAGGGCUGUUCUUUGGGAAACCAAGAAGCUUCAUCCUCAUUUUCAUCGUCAUUUACAUAUAUACAUAAUUACAUAAUGCCACAACCUGAAGCUGUUGACGACAGGUUGGUCAAUGGCCGUUUUACCUUUGAUGAUCUAUGCAUGUUUUUGUCUAAAUGUUCGCUCGUAAACAAAUGCGCUUUUUCAUUGUACACGCAACCGGAGCUGGUCUUCGGCCACAAGCGAUGCCUUAAUACAUUUGAUACGAUUAAAUUUGAA